AUGGAUAUCGAUGACCUCCUCCAAGAGUUCGAAGAUAAGAGUGUUCCUGCCGGAACCCGUGAUAUUAAUGAUCUCACGCAGGCAUGGAUUGCAGAACGGACGGCCCCUGAGAUUCUGCCCUACCAGAAUGACCUCCUCGAGAGGCUGAUGGAGCGGAUACGGGCGCAGAUUGAACUAGUUGAAACUCAAACGGGAGACCUGGACCCAAAGACGAAUUUCAGCUUAAUCCUGAUCCAGACAGAGCUCGAAAGGGUCAAAUUCCUCGUUCGCAGCUACCUGCGCGCGCGUAUUCAUAAGAUUGACAAGCACGCAAUUCACAUCCUCACCACGCCUACUACUCGUGGUAAUCUCAGCGCCCCUGAACUCUCAUAUCUGAAGUCCCACCUCGCAAUACUCAACUCCCAUUACCUGUCAUCCUUCCUCCGCAAUUUCCCCGAGCAGCUGCGCCGCCUCGACGACAAAGCUGGAGGUAUAUCUAUGGUUGAGGAGCCUGACCUUGACGGCGCAGUAUUCUGCAAGGUUGUACGGGAUGUCGAAGAUCGUACAGUCAAGAUUCUAGGGACAGAUGCUGAGUUUGAGCUCAAAAAGGGGGACAUCUAUGUCGUUAGAUACUCGGCAGUUAGGGAGUUUGUAUUGAACGGGGAGGUGGAGCUUAUUUAA